CGUAUCAAAAAUUAUCACCUCUAUCUCCCAUGAUUAAAAAUCUAUUUGACUCAAGUAUUAGUAAAAUUUAUUAAAAAAAAUUCAAUUAUACAAUAAUUCAUAUAUACAUGCUUAAUCAAGAAAUAUAGAAAGAAAAUCAUGUAUUUUUUCCCUUCGAUACUAAAUAAACAACCCAUUUAUUACUCGAGUGACUUAUUUUAGUUACUUUCCGGUAUGGUUUGUGUCAGGGCAUGUUAACGUUGUUAGUCGGGUGUAUCUAGAGUUGAUUACAAGUCCCAAAAAUACGUGAUUAAAAUAAUUUUUGACUGUGAAAAAACAUAAAUUAUCAACAGUAUGAAAACAAAACUAAUCAAAACUUUGGUAGUCUCUACCAAAACAUAUUCAAAUUGUGGGGACAAAUGAUACACUACCAUCUCUAAGGGUAGUUUAAGUGAUAACAGAGACGAACUGUAAAUUCAGACGUUCUGAAUUUAAAUUUUAUAAGCUUCAUGAAAUCAGGUCAUGAGGAAUUUAUCUCUCAUAAAUACCUUAGUUUUGACGUAAAUGACCUGUCUUUUGACCGGAUCGGAGAAGGAUUAGUCAAUAUACACAUAAGUUAAUCCGAACAAUCCUGAGUAUUGAACCAAAAAAUAAAUGAUACACUACCUAAUCCACAUAUGUUUGGACAUCAUAAAAUUUUAGGUACUAAUUUCUCAAAUUUUUGUCUUGUUUUCUGUCUCGUGCAGCUUUUACAUAGAUGAUAUUCCAAUACGACACAUAGUCCAUAGCCCAGAAAUGGGUGGAGACUACCCAUCAAAGCCCAUGUCUUUGUAUGCCACUAUUUGGGAUGCCUCAAAUUGGGCCACUUCAGGUGGCAAAUACAAGGUCAACUACAAGUUUGCUCCAUUUGUAGCAGAAUUCACUGACCUUGUCCUCAAUGGAUGUGCACUAGACCCUAUCCAAGAUGUGUUAACCACCACCUGCUCUAAGCCCCACGACCGCCCGGAAAGCAUUGGCUUCACCGACAUAACGCCGAAGCAGCGAAUGGCCAUGAAGAAGUUCAGGCUGAGAAAUAUGUACUACUCAUAUUGUUAUGAUGGCUUGAGGUACCCUACACCACCCCCAGAGUGUGUGAUUGAUCCAGUGGAGAAGCAGAGGUUUAAAGAUACUGGGAGGGUGAAGUUUGGUGAGAAACACCAUCAUGGCCAUUUGAAGGGAAGAAGACGCGAGGGUUUGAGCAUUAGGAAGAAUGGAGGCCAAGGGGAUGUGUGA